AGUAUCAACUCGAAGAUUAUCCAGGACGGUUGUAUAGUGUAUUUUUUCAGUCUGGACCAACUCAGUUCUUCACGAAUUUUCGCCAAUUUCUCCCGUAAACUGAGGACGCGAAGAUGAUGCAAUUAACAAUUACGCUUUGCUGCUCUCUAUUUACACUGCAAGCUCUGGGACAAUUUAAUCAAGCUCCAAGAUACAACGCCUUUGGGGCUUUUCGCCAGCCUGUACAGGUUGCACAACCAUUGCCUGUGCAGAGAUCAUCUUCUUGCCCUGAAUCCUAUGGACGAUAUCCAAUUCCUGGACAGUGUGAUGCCUACACAGAGUGUCGUGAUGGUGUAGCUGAAGAAAAACUCUGUCCUGAUGGUUUGCUUUUUAACGACAAAGCAGGCGUGUUCACGUAUCCCUGUUCCUAUCCCGUUGAUGUAGAUUGUCCUGAAGGAAGAACAUCCCUGCAACCAGCUCAGUCCACAGAUGAGUGUCCCCGUCAAUUUGGAUAUUUCCGCCUCGGUGAUGCAUCACAUUGUGGCCAGUUCAUGAAUUGUGUAAAUGGCAGAGGUUUUACAUUUGAUUGCCCAGAAGGAUUGGCUUUCAAUCGUGAGACAUAUCGCUGUGACUGGCCAGAUGAAGUUCCGGACUGUGAUGCUGAGACAUUUCUUGGUUUCUCCUGUCCUACACAACCCCGUGCUGAUGGAUUUGGUUCUGAGGAGACACGUUUCUAUCCCUCACCCCAUGAUUGUCAACGAUACUUCAGCUGUAUCAAUGGACGUCCUAGGCUCCAUAGCUGUGGCGAGGGAAAUGCUUUCAAUGAUUUGACUAAUUCUUGUGAUGGAAUAGAGAAUGUCACCUCUUGCCACACACAAUCAGCUUACAGAGAAAUCCAACCAGUCGUCAUCCAGUCCACUCCAACACCAUUCCCUCAGCGUACCAAUACACCAUUUAAUUUUAAUACCAGGAAUUCCUUCCGGUUCUGAUAAAGAACCUCUUAAGAACAAGAAAAGUAAGGCAGUUUUGAGGAAAUCAAUAGAAAAAUAAUGAUGGACUAUAGUCAUUUUCAAACAUAAAA